UCUUCUGUGGUGCUCGAAACAAAAGCUGCGCACGGGGAGGAAAAAGAGGCAAGGAGCUCGUGACGUCGGGAGGACUAAGUCACACACACACGAACACACACCUCCCUUCUCUCUUUAGCUCAGUGUAAAUACCAUCUCCACCAGAUGAGCGCGGACGCACUGAAUGCUUCUGUAUAACAUCACAGAAGCCUUCUGAAUCAUCACUGACUGAUACAAACAUUUCUGUAGUUUAUGCUUGCUCGCUUGCUUGUUUGUUUGUUUUAUGUGAUAUUAUUCUUGGAUUUCAUCACUCCAUGUCCUUCGUGAUCGGUUGUGCUGACCCCCAAAACUGACAAAGAGGAAUGUCUUCUCGACACCCAUCCAACCCAAAACCUAACUUCUGGAUAUGAGAAAGAUUCCUGAAGACAGUUCUUAAGGGGAAAACAUACCACAGAAGACGCACAUAUAGUAAAAGACUGGACUGUACCGCGGUAUGGCGUUGUGAAAAGGACUCUUAACAUUGUAUGUGCACUUUGGUUACGUUAAAGAGAAAAGAGCCACACCAAGACUUUCUGCGGCAGCGCAGACAACGGGGGGCAUUUUCUUCGUCAGACCGCGUUAAGAUGCUCUGUUUUUCAGCAUGCCAGCGGGCGCAUGCCAUGCUGUAGCGCUGCGCAGCCAAAUGGCACGAGCCAGCGCAACCGAAUCGCUCUGACGUUCACGGAGGACAAGACGUAUGAUGAUGAGCGGCAGCUGCCGUGGGACCAGUCUCCUUGUCCCGAUGCGUUCUCCACUCUCCGUUCGGUUCGCCUUCAUUCUUCCUCUCACACACCUGCUCGUCUUCGCUGUCUCUGUUCUAGGAACGCGCGUGGGUAAAUAGAACCGCGUUAGGAACAAUGGAGUUGUCUGAGGUUCGCUGUUCCAGCGCGAGCGAGGAGCUGUACACCAUCAACAAGACCCCCAGCAACAACAACGGGAACCGACCGAAGCGCCUGCUGUGGCAGAACGCUGUGCGACACAUCACCGAGCAGCGCUUCAUUCACGAGCACAGCCCUAAACCCGUCUCACCGGACGAGCCUCACGCGCAGGGCUCGCGCAAGCAGUCCGCCGGCAGGACUUCGGUGAGCGACCGGCACAAUAACGGCGGUACUAAAGUCUUCCCCGAGCGCUCGAGCAGCGACCUGGGUUUCCUGCAGAUCGACUGCGCGCCCAGCAACUCCGACUUCUUUCUGAGCUGGGGCUACACGUACCGCGGGGUCAUCUUCCCCACGCUGCGCUACGCCUUCAAGUCCAGGGACCUCGAGCGCCUGUACCAGCGCUACUUCCUGGGCCAGCGACGGAAGUCGGUGGUGGUCAUGAACAUUCUGGACGUGGUGACCAAGCUGACCCUGCUCGUGCUGCACCUGACCCUGGCGUCCACACCGAUGGACCCGAUCAAAGGAAUGCUGCUCGGCUUCUUCACGGGCAUCGAGGUGGUCAUCUGCGCUCUGGUGGUGGUACGCAAAGACACAAGCUCGCACGGUUACCUGCAGUACAGCGGAGCGGUGACCUGGGUCGCCAUGGCCACGCAGAUCCUCGCGACGGGACUGGGCUACGGUUUGCUCGGGGAUGGGAUAGGGUACGUGCUCUUCACGCUCUUUGCUACCUACAGCAUGCUGCCGCUGCCUCUCACCUGGGCCAUCGUGGCGGGACUGCUGACCUCCGCGCUGCACAUCGCGAUCCAGCUGUUGGUGCCCCCUCGAGCACAGAUCUCCACGAAUCAGCUGUUAGCUCAGGUGCUGCUGUUCUUAUGUAUAAACACUGCAGGGAUGUUUAUCAGCUACCUGUCAGACCGCGCCCAGCGCCAGGCCUUUCUGGAGACACGCAGGUGCAUCGAGGCACGUCUUCGCCUGGAGACCGAGAACCAGCGACAGGAGCGUCUGGUCUUGUCGGUGCUGCCACGCUUUGUAGUGCUGGAGAUGAUUAAUGACAUGACCAAUGUGGAGGACGAGAACCUACAGCACCAGUUUCACCGUAUCUACAUUCACCGCUAUGAGAACGUGAGUAUUCUCUUUGCUGAUGUGAAGGGCUUCACCAAUCUUUCCACCACACUCUCUGCUCAGGAACUCGUUCGAAUGCUCAACGAACUCUUUGCACGCUUUGACCGACUGGCACACGAGCAUCAUUGCCUGAGGAUCAAGAUACUAGGGGAUUGUUAUUAUUGUGUUUCUGGCCUUCCCGAGCCUCGACCGGAUCAUGCCCACUGCUGUGUUGAGAUGGGCCUCAGCAUGAUCAAAACCAUCAGGUAUGUGCGCUCACGUACAAAACAUGACAUAGACAUGCGCAUUGGCAUCCACUCUGGUUCGGUUCUAUGCGGAGUUCUUGGUUUGCGGAAAUGGCAAUUUGACGUCUGGUCUUGGGAUGUCGACAUAGCCAACAAACUGGAGUCUGGGGGAAUACCUGGGAGGAUCCACAUCUCUAAAGCGGCUCUAGACUGUCUGAAUGGCGAUUAUGAGGUGGAAGAGGGUCACGGUAAGGACCGCAACGAUUUUCUGCGCAGGCAUAACAUCGAGACUUUCCUGAUCAAGCAGCCAGAGGAGAGCUUACUCACGCUGCCGGAGGACAUCAUGAGAGACUCCACCAACCAAUCAGAUCACAGACCCUCUAACACUUCCUUCACGGAGGGAACAUGGAGCCCUGAACUUCCCUUCCAUAACAUAGUGGGCAAACAGAAUGUGAGUGCAAAAACACACACAAGCAAACAACCAAACAAGCACAGUUAAGAAACACGCAUUAAUGCAUCCUCAACAGUUCUGAACCUCUCACACACACAGCAUG